AAAAAAAACCAAAAUCUAGUGUCACCAAUCAAGCUUUUUGAAAAACUAAAAUCUAUAGAAAAAUCAAAACUAAAAUAAAAAACCAAAAUUUAAAAACUAAAAACCAAAAAGUAAAAUCUAAAGACCAUGCAAACAAUCAUCAACUAAAUCCUUGAAAGACUUUCAAGAUUCUUUUGAUAUUACCUUUUAUAAUAAAAAGUGGACGGUGAAAAUAUGAAAAUAAAUAAUUUCGUUGAAGAUAUACAUAUGACAAGAGAUAAAAUGGAUUAUUGAUGGUCAAAUAUGACGGACAUAAGAUUUAUAUUAUUAGGGCCGGUUAAUUAGGGGGACAAACGGUACGAUCGCCCCAGGCCCAAACACGUGUCCCACGUAUAUGGAGUAAUAGUUAAGAGGUCUAAUUUAUUUUAGAAAUUUAUAUUUUUAUGCAGAAAAUUAAAAAAUAUAUAUAAUAAAUAAAAUUGAAAAGGGCUCAAAAUGUUUUGAUAUGUAUACAGUUUUAUUUUUAUCACAAAAUAUAUUAUAAAAUAUUACUGAUUAAAUUUUAAAAAUAUUAUAAACAUUAUAUGAAUAUAAAUCUUAAAAGGUGAAAAAAAUUAUUUCCCUAAGACCCAUAACAGUGUUAAGCCAGUCAUGUAUAUUAUGAUGAUAUCUUUUAACAAUACGGCAUAGUGAACGAGAAAAUGCAAAUACACUUUACAAAGCGGAGGAAUAAUGAUGGAAGCGUCAAUGAUAACAUUUUUUUCAUGUAAAAACAUAAUAUGAAUCAUCUAUAAAUAGUAUAAAUAUGGUUUAUUUACAUUCAUGAAUUAAUAAAUUUGAGCAUUAUAUAAAAACAGUAUGAGACUAAUAAUGAAUUGAUAUAUAAUUAUAAUAGAAAAUUACAUUUUAUUCUACAUUUCAAAAAUACAACAGAACGAAACAAAUAAUACAUUGUUAUUGAGUGACCAAAGGUGGAAAGGAUGGAUGAAUAUUGUAGCAGAAGAGAAGACAAUGGAAACGAUGAAACAACUAGUAAUGAUGAUAGGUGGUAAUAUUGCAAGUCAAAUAAAAAUAAACAUUACAUAUUGCCUUAUAAGUAUAACAUAAUAGAAUACCAAAAACAGAAAUUAUCCCAUCAUCCCCUUAUUAUUAAGAGAGAAACAUUUUAAAAGAGUAACCUUUAAAGUGUAACAUAUUUACAGGCAUGCCAUGCUGAGGUGGCAGCCUUAUAAUCCUUCUCAGCCUCACAAAAUAAUUAUCCUUGCUUUACUAGAAUAUUUACACUGAAUGCCACUAUCAUAAAAGCUGGACCAUCGUAUUAUAAUAUUUCUUUUGUAUAGUACUUUGUAAGCGGAUUAUAAGCGUACCAUCUUACCAUCUUGACUCUCAUUUAUUGCUGCCCCAUCGUACCAUCUUGACUCAAUAAGUUAUUGACCCACAUCAAUGUACUAUAUAAAAAUAAGCUGGUUAUUAUAUGAUUAUUUUUUAUGGUUUGGUUUGCAACGUGAUUCAAAAUAACAGGCUCUUAUAAACAUUUUCGUGGUCCUUGAAACCAAAAAAAAUAAUGAAAUUGUGGUCAAUAAAACAAUCCACAACAGCUCACAUAUAUGUUUUGGCCAAUAGAACAAUCCACAACAGCUAUGUGUCUCACAUAUAUGAUGAAUUACGAAGUGUUAUUCUGAAAUAAGAUGACUUGGUAAUGAUAAAUUAUGAAAUAUUGAUAAGAUAUUUACUAUAUAAUUGUAAAUUAUUUAUUAUUAAUUCACUGUAAUAAAAAGAGGAUGUAUACUGUGUGUCCAAGUAUUAUUUGAAUUCUCUUCCCAUCUUUAGAUUUAGGAAAGUUAUAUAGGGAAACAUAUAUAUGUGACACUCAAAAUUUACGUAAUGAUUAGGCAAUAUGUAUAUACACUAUAGACAGACUUUGUGCGCAAGGUUGGAUACUUUAAAUUUUACUUUCCAUUUUUAUAUUUUUGGAAAGUUAUAAUAACAUGACGUAAUGGUAUACAAUUAUGCGUUAAGCCGAUAGAUUCAAAAUUGGCAUUUUAUUAUACGGUCUUACCUAUUUUUAAGUCAAUCGUAUAUAUAUUAAGCCAAGACAUAAAUGCGAGACACCUACAUUAGUGUUUCAAUUCAAUAUGUGAUUGACAAGUAAAAUCGUGCAAAAUAUUCUGUAAUGAAUGCCUCCUACCCCUAUAUAAGAGAACGUUAUGUCGACCAUUUAGUCACACACUCAACACUAUACCUGCUCAUUUAUUUACUAUGGCUGCGAUGAACUUUGUCUCUGAGUUGAAGCCUUUCAAGAACAUGUGGAAGAUCCAAGUCAAAAUCAUCCGUCUUUGGAAACAGUAUUCGGCUGCGGGUGGUGAGACUAUCGAAAUGGUCUUUGUCGAUGCUAGAGGAGACAAGAUUGCUGGAACCGUGAAAAGAGAACUGGUUGGGCAAUUCAAUCGUGUGCUGCAGGAAGGUGAUACGAAAGUAAUCAUCAAUUUCUCGGUUACCAAUUCUGGUGGUUCUUAUCGACCAAGCAAGCAUCCAUUCAAGAUUGUUUUCCUUCCAACGACCCGUGUGAGGAUUUGUGAGGAUUUACCCAACAAUUUAACUGGAUUGAAUCCUGUUAACUUUGGGGAUGUUCUCAAUGGUGUCCUCGAUGAUGAUUACUUAGUUGAUGUAAUCGGACAGAUUGUUGAAGUUACCCAGAUGGAAAUUGUUUCUGUGAAUGGGAAAGACACACAGAAGAUAUCUGUCGAACUACGCAAUGAGGAUGAUGAACGCCUCCCCCUGGUGUUGUGGGGGAAGUUCGCGGAGGAUGUUAGCAAUGCGAUUCAGUUGCGUAGUGAGCAGUCCAUUGUUUGUGUUUUGCGAUUUGGGAAGAUUAAAGUGUGGAAAGGUAAUUAUUAUACUAUCUUCUUUUUUCAGACAUAUUUUACGUGUAUAAUGGAGUCAAUAAUAUUUUAUCCACUAUUUUUUCAGAGGAUCGUAGCAUCUCCAACGCCUACAAUGUCUCUAAUGUAUCGCUGAAUCCACAGAUAGAUGAGGUCCAAGCCUUCAUGAGUCUGUUACCAAGGGAUGAUUUGGCAUUGGCCAUUGUUGACCCCAAGUCAAAUGCAGUGGUUCCUACUGUUAAGGAAAGGGAUGACUUUUUUCGUCACACCCCUAGGAAAACUAUUUCUCAGGUUCUGGAAUCCAAACAGGUGGAGAAGUGUAUUGUAAUGGCUUCAAUUGGGGCCAUUGAUUCUGACAUGGGUUGGUACUACCUAAGUUGUAAGGUGUGUGCAAAGAAGGUGUUGACAGUGCCUAAUGACAUUGAAGACGGAGACGAGUUCAAUGUUAGUGGUCAUAAUUACUAUUGUGUCAAGUGCAAAGACAAAAAUCCACAACUAUUGCCAAGGUACAAGUUGCAUCUGGUUGUACUUGACAGUACAAAUGACACCAAGUUCUUGCUGUUUGAUAAUCUUGCCAUGCAACUGCUACACAAACCAUGUCUUGAGCUGACUGGUCCGGUUACUGAUGAGAUACAGGAUCCUGACAUGUUGCCACCGAUUCUUCAAGAUUUGGUUGGGAAAACUCUUCUUUUCAAGAUUGGAAUUGAAAGGGAGAAUUAUUUAUAUAAGCAUCCCACUUACAAAGUUCUCAAGAUCAUGUCAAACAUUGGGGUGAUUAACGAGUUCGACGCCAUUGGAUCACCAACGGAAAGUCAGAACACUUUUGGAGGGACAUAUUCCGCUUUGUCUGAUGCACCUGAGGGGUCCCUGAUGUUGCAUGGCGGAUCGUCUCAGUCGGAUAAAACCGGUGAUCUGACACCGGCUAAGCGGAUGCGAUCACCAAUCAUUAACUUGGAGGAUGCUUUUGAUCAGAAUUCUGUUACAAGGUCUGCGGGUACCGUCAAAAUCAAGCAGGAGAAGAAUGAAAAAAGUGGCUGAAAAGUUGGUGAAUCGAGUUGAUGAGUAGAGGCUUCGCUCUGAAUUUUAUUAUUAUUGCUUUCAAGUUUGGCAUUAUUUCUUGAAUUUCUUACUUAUUAGUUUCUGGAUUUUUCUCUUUGAUUCAUGUUUUUGCAUUUUGAAUUUUCCUUUGGUAAUAUGAAGCCUCUACAUUUUUAUACCUUUUAUCUCUUUAUUAUUUAAAUUCUACACAUUUAUUCCUAUAAUUACUGGAAAGCGAGUUGGUGAGAAGGUGUUUUUACACCGCAUUCUGAUCACGCCCACAGACUCUAAGCUCCCUUUCAAGAUGAGGCGUCGGCAGUUUCCAUUGAAAGUAGCGUUUGCUAUGACUAUCAAUAAGAGCCAGGGUCAAACACUUGCUAAUGUUGGGCUGUAUCUACCUAGACCUGUUUUUUCACAUGGGCAAUUGUAUGUGGCUGUGUCUAGGGUAAAGUCAAGGAAGGGAUUGAAGAUUCUGAUUACUGACAAAGAUGGAAAAUCUCAAGUUUCAACCAUGAAUGUAGUAUUCAAGGAGGUUUUCCAGAAUCUGUUUGUAAAUCGCCAUGAAGUAUAGGUGUAUGUGUGGGGACCGUAAUCGUUAUUCUUGAGAUUUUAUGAAUACUCUCUUUUGUUUGUUUGUUCUUCAAUUUUAAUUUUAUAUUGACUACUUAUAACUGUUGUUCUACGACCACAUAAUAGGAAGAAUACUAUUUUGCUGAUGGACAAUGGCGAGAAUGAGCAUGAAGCAGCACAGCGGAAAAGCUACACAGUCAAACACAUACCGUCUUUCAAUUUUCUAUUAAGUCUAUCUACUUGACCAUUUUAUCUUUGACAUUGAUCUUAAGACUGUUCUAAAUAUUGUUAUGUUUUCAGAAAUUCGUGAUAUUUAGACUUUCAUCGAUUUAUUUUAAAACAGAGAUGUUCUGUUUUUCACAUGCACCAUAUUAGUAAGAAUUAAUCUAAAUUCCUUGCCUUACAAGUAACCAAUACGUAGUCGUCUUGAUUUAGCAAGUACCUGUAAUUAUAAUAGAGUAUUUACAUGUUAAUAAAUGUAAUAGUUAACACUAACAAAAUUUAACAAUCUUAAAUAUUACGAUGUUAAGUCCUUUGUACUUAUUUUAUUAUUUUGAUAUAGCUGGAAAUCAGAUGCAUGACCUAGAAUCAUACUGUUAAAACUUUAGUAUUAUACUCUAUUUUAGAAACAAUUAUAAUUUCAAACGAAUCAUAAACAUCUCUUAUUGCGCCACAUAUGGAAGUAUAUUGAUCCACAUACGUUCAAUUAUUUAUUGUUUCCUUUAAACUUUGUAGGAUUUUUGAAAACUUACAUGUUUGGUAGUUCGACCUUAAUUUUUUCCUAUAUCUCCCAAAUUGUUAUAUUUAAUAGAAUCUUAUAAGCGUUGUUCCUUCAUAAUUUAAGGUGGACACCACCUCUUUUGAAAAGAAAAUAUAUUACAAUUUAAAUCAUGUCCACGUAACAGGAAAAACAGUAAGAAUUAAACUCCACAUAGAAAAAAUAAAUAACAUUUUUAAAUGCUUCUUCUAAAUUUCUUGCUAAGGGAAGUUUUGGAUACUUAUCUCAGC